AUGACUGACCAAGAUUACGAGACAUUUAAGCUAGGAGACUGGGAACUGCAGAGUGGGGAGAAGAUACGUGAUGCACAUCUUGCGUACAAGACGUUUGGAGACCCAAGCUCCCCCGCAAUUGUCUACCCCACAUGGUUUUCCGGGAGAGAGGACAAAGUCCUGAAUCCGAAAAAGUAUUUCAUCAUCAUACCUGCGCUCUUUGGAAACGGCCAGUCCUCAUCUCCAUCCAACCAGCCCAAUGCUGGCCCAUUUCCGAAAUGCUCUUUCUACGACAAUGUUCGCGCCCAGCACAAGCUUGUCACAGAGCACUUUGGAAUCCGGCAUCUACGUGCAGUGAUCGGCUGGUCAAUGGGAGGAGCACAAACCUAUCAAUGGGCGACUCAGUACCCCGAGUUCAUGGAUGUGGCAAUUCCUUUUUGCGGAUCCGCAAAAACAUCGCUGCAUAACCAGGUAUUUUUGGAGGGCGUAAAGAGCGCUUUGCUUGCAGCGAAGCACGUCCCAUCAGCGGGUUCGGGGAAGAUUGGCGAUCUAAAGGCCGAUCAGACUCUGGGGACAUGGAGUGCUGAGGACAGAGAGAUUGGGUUGAGAGCUUUUGCUAGAGUGUAUGCUGGCUGGGGUUUCAGCCAGGCCUUCUACCGGGAGAAGUUGUAUGAGACAGCACUCGGCUACAAGGAUCUGGAGGACUUUAUGCAAAACUUCUGGGAGAAGUGGGCUUUGUCCAAAGACCCAGAUAAUCUGUUGGUGAUGCUUCAGACCUGGCAGAAUGGGGACGUGUCCCAGCAGGAACCAUACAAUGGUAAUUUUGAGAAGGCUAUCGCCUCGAUCAAGGCCAAGAUCCUGGUGAUGCCAGGAAAAACGGAUCUGUAUUUCCCUCCUGAGGACUCUGAACAUGAAGUCUCCUGCAUGCAAUCUGGCAUUGGAACUCUUCGAGUCAUUCCUUCUAUCUGGGGUCAGAGAUUUCUGACGAUCCUCAAACACAGACUGGGCUGGUGGUCCUGGAGACAGCAAAGAUGA